CAGACAAAGCUUUGAUGAAAUAAAAUCAAAGUCGGUUCGAUUAAAUAAACCGAGUUGGGCCAAUUCUACUAUCCGUAAGAAAAAGAACGAACACGACGGCGUCUGUGACCGACCGUGUAGAAGGGAACUCGGUCGGGGAUUUACAUGUCCGAAAUUCGAAGAAUCUCGUGAGGAGGAAACUGGAUAAAGUUAUAAUCUUUGGAGUCAAUCACAUCUCUGAAAACAAAACCCCAUCUCCUCAAGUUUGUAUUUAUCCUUCUCCAGCCAUGGAUUUCGUCAGGGGCCUUUGGAGGAACCAUAGAAGAAAGAUCCUCGUGACGACGGGUUGUUUGGGAAGUGGGUACUUGCUCUACAGACUAUACAACUCCCAUACUCGUAGGCUUGCCGAUUUGCAACGGCAACUCGCUAACGACCGUGAACAUGACGAAAACAUCAAAGCUCAAAUGAAAGCCCAUUUCGAGAAUAUUCAGAUGAUAGUGGACUCCACCACACUGCCUCACGCGAUGCAGUGUUUGAGUAUCUGUAUAAGGGAAGAGAUUGAUGUCUCUAGUGUUAUGGAGAGGCUGAACAAAGGGAAAGGGAUGUUGAGUCAGUCCGAGAAGCUUCAUCUCUGGGACGAGCUCAAGAUUUUGAGUUUCACUAGGAUGGUUUUGUCUCUGUGGUCCGUGACAAUGCUUAGCUUGUACAUUAGGGUUCAAGUCAACAUUCUAGGCAGACAUUUGUAUGUUGACACCGCACGAGCUCUUGACACCUCCUCCCAUUUACUUGAAGAGUUAGAUCUCAUUGAUAGAGAUGAUGAACAGAAGUUCUUAUCAAGUGCUGAUUUUCUUGUGACCAAUGCAAUGCCGAGUUUGAUUUCAAACAUGCAAAGUGCUGUCAGUGAAGUUCUUAAAGGAAUGCAGUUAAAGGAUGUAAUCACCACAAGAGUUCUUCAAGAAACCUUGUCACGGAUUGUGGAUGAGUUCAUGUGCACUGGAAGUCCACAUCACUGGGUUGAUUAUCUAAUGAUGCCUCAAGACGCAAAGCUUUCAAGAAACACAAGUGUUGGCUCUUCUGAUGAAACUGUGAGCAAGUUUCAUCAACUUAUGGUCGAAACGCGAGAAGUACUAACCAGCACUGAGUUCACAGAUAUAGUUGAGAUUUCGCUCAAGUGUUUCACGGAUGCGUUGGUAGAGGAAAUGGAAACGCAGAGUAUAGCCGGUGGUUUGGCUACGGGGAUGCCAUUGGCAAAGAUGUUACCACAGAUUGAGAAGAUCAUACCUGUGAUUACAGCUGAACCUGGAAAGAAUCGGUUCUUACAAGUCAUCAGAGAAAUGUCUCAAGUUCAAAUCUUUUUUACUCUUUUAUACGCUAGUAUGCCGCAGUAGCAGCUUUUGCUUGUUCUCUUCAGCGUUCUCUAAAUUUCAAAGUGUUUUAACGUUUUGAUUUCUUCUUUGGGGUCUAGUUAGCAUGUAGAAUCAAAGUUAAUUAUUUGGUUAAAGAAAGAAAACAAUUUUUUUUUA